GGCAUUUACUUGGCCGGGGACCACUUCAUUCACGACAUGGCUGUAACAGCUGAUCACAUCCGAGAUAAACUUAUAAAGGAGCUCGCGGCAGUGCACGUGGAUGUGGAAGAUACAUCACCCAAUAGAUGUGCUGCUAGCUUCAAAGUCCUGGUGGUGUCACCGCAGUUUGAGGGAAAACCACUGUUACAGAGACACAGGAUGGUGAAUACAUGCUUAGUCGAGGAGCUGAAAGAGAUCCACGCGUUUGAACAGAAGACUCUCACACCAGAACAGUGGGAGAAACAGAAGUCACAGUGACAUACACACAUCUCUCAUGACCCUCACAUCAGUACACAAUUUCUACUGUGAAACAGGCCUUACACUUCUCUGAUCGCUAGAACACAGACAUGCACUGUGUUUCAUUUCUGUAAUGUGGAUACAAAUGCAAUAAAACACUU